GAACCAAUGCAAGUCUGGAGAGAUUAAAAAUCUUGAUACUGCAAAAGUUUACUUUGAUAAUAUGAUUUCAGUAAACCCAUUACCAUCUACAGAUACAUUUAAUCAUCUAUUAACUUCAGUAUCCAAGAUCAAACACUAUUCUGCUGCUGCUUUUCUACUGUAUCAGAUGAUGAAUGUGGUGGGUAUUGUUCAGAAUAUCUAUACAUUUAAUAUUCUGAUUAAUUGUUGUUGUAGAUUAAGUCAAGUUGAUUAUGGGUUCUCUCUGUUUGGUGAAAUGCUUAAGAGAGGGUAUAAUGCUGAUGCAAUCACUCUCAAUACACUGAUCAAGGGUCUGUGUGCGGAAAAGAAGAUCGAAGCUGCGGUUAAGUUGUUCGAUAAAAUGACUGACAAUGGGGUUUGGCCGGAUACGGCUAGUUUUAAUACGCUGAUUUGUGGGUUUUGUAGAACUGGAGAGGUUGGGAUUGGUGUCGAGUUUUUGAGGUUGAUGAUGGUGAAAUGGAAGUGUAGUCCGAAUGUGAUUACUUAUAAUUGUUUGAUUCAUGGGUUUUCCUGUAUCGGUCAGUUAGAUGAAGCGAUGGGGAUAUUUGAUGAGAUGUCUAGUCGAGGAAUUGCGAAUGUUGUCACGUAUACGUCUUUGAUUCAUGGAUUAUGCCGGUGUGGUCGGUGGACAGAAGCAAAGGAGUACUAUAAUCAACUAGUAGGCCGAGGGAUACCACCAAGUGUAGUCACGUUCAACGUGUUGUUAAAUUAUUACUGUAAAGAAGGGAGAAUGACAGAAGCUUGUCAGGUCUUCGAAGAAAUGAGCAAGUUAGGUAAGGAGCCUACUAUGGUGACUUAUAAUUCUCUGAUGAAGGGGUAUUUCAGUAUCAAAAGAUGGGAUGUGGCUAUGCAACUCUUCGAUAGAAUGGAACGGAACGGUAUGAAACCUGAUCAAUUUACUUACAGUACGCUGAUAACUGGAUUAUGCCUGAACAUGAAAGUUGAAGAGGCAAUAUGCUUAUUUAAUAAGAUCGAAUAUUCUGAACAUCCCUUGAACGUAACCACAUAUAGUGCAAUGUUGGAUGGGUUGUUAAAGAACCAAAAGGUUGACGAAGCAAUCCAACUUUUUCAUUCGCUGGAGGAUAAUGGUUUCCAAGCUGACAUUUGUAUGUACAAUAUACUCAUUGAUGGAUUGCUCAAGUCUGGGAAACCGGUAAGUACACGGAACUUAUUUUCAGAACUCAUUAAUAAAGGAUUAGCACCGAAUGUUAGAACAUAUAACAUACUGAUUAGUGACCUAUGCAAGAAAGGGAGGCCAUUUGAAGCUGAGAAAAUUAUUGUCGAAAUGGAACAGAGUGGUUGCUUACCAGAUUCCAUCACAUACAACACCAUCAUUCGAGGUUUUAUUCAUGAGCAAGAGGUCAGUAAGGCAACACAGUUUCUUCACAAAAUGGAUGGAAAAAAACUUGUUCCCAAGAAGGAUGUAUGUGCAGUUUUAAAGACUACUCUUCCAUUGGAUCAAUACACUGCUUUACUGAGAUCGAAUCUUCUGGACAGCUCUUGAGCAUAACCACAUAUAGUGCAUUGUUGGAUGGGCUGUUCUAGACCUAAAAAGUUGACGAAGCAGUCAAACUUUUUCAGUCACUAGAGGAUAAUGGAUUGCAAGCUUUGAGGUAUGGGAAGCUGAAGAGGUUUCAACGGGUGGAACUAAUAGUACUGUUUCCAGGGCCCUACCAUGUGAUAAUCUCUGCAUCGGCGAGGAACAACAUUGAGCGGUUUCUGUCUAGGAAAGCUCACUGUGCUUGUACCCAAGAUGUUGCAGCUCUAAGGAAAUGGAUUAUUUGCUCUCAACUCCCAAACUCUCAUAGUUAAAAAGGGGAAAAUUGCUAUUGCCAUUGCUGCUGCGUCUCACUUGGUGGUUAUUUCCCUCACCCGUCCUCCCAUUUGCUUUCCAGUCAAUAACAGUUGGCAUGCAGGGAUAGACUUGUCUGACUUGACUCAACUACCUGAAGGGAGAUGGGUUGAUGUCUGGAAAGCCAACUGAGCAAAUUGACAGCAGAAACAAGUUGCUUCUCCUGCAUUGCACAACCAAC